AUGGAUCCACGCAUGUUACUUGAAAUGUAUAUGUCUAUGGCCGGCGCCCGCAACACUGCGCAAGCUGCUCCAUCGGAAGGGAACCAAUCUCGGCGUCGGGGCCGACGCUCAUCCAAUUCUCGGCGCCGCGCACCAGCACCAGCACCAGCACCAGCACCAGCCGCAGCCCAGCCGGCCCAACCAGUAGUCCCCAACCCCCUGCUUGGAGACGGUAGGCCACAAGGAAUCAAGCUCCCUUUUGUGGACAGCGAGGCGAAAGCCCAGGCUCACCAAGACUUGCGAUCCCAAGCUCUUUGCUUGCCGACCGCUCACCCCGCCGGCGCCCGCCACCCACGCGUCUACACCCUCAUCGGCCGAGGCAACCUGGGUGGAUCGCCUCAACGAGGCACCCCUCCCCGACCGGCUGAAUCUUCCCCGGAAGUGGACCCCCAGACCGACGGGCUUCCUGCCCAGAUCAUCCCAGCUCCUGCCCCGGUCAGCCAAGUCGGACCUUCACGGCGCGAGAGGACCCAGGGCCGCACUGACCCCUACGCCGGAAGCCGGGCAAAUCGCGCCCGAGGACCGGCAGCACCCGGCAACUGA